UUGAGGCGUUUCGAACUCCGGGUAGCAAAUUUGUCGGCCAUUUACAUAAUUACUUUUUGGUUUCUGCUCAUCUGUUUACAGUUGUGGACAACAAACCUAGAAGAUGAUUGUGCUUUGCCACUGAAAAUGUAAGGAGGAUGAGAACCCUCCGGACGGGAUAAGAACAUUUGAGUGUGUCAGAUUUUCAAGAGGUUGAAAAGGGGCUUAUACUUGUUAUCUAGCUACCAAGUUUGUCAACAUUGGUUUAAAUUGACGCUGUAGGCUACGUGGCUAUUUAGCUAGCCAACUAACGUUACUAGCUAGCUAGUAACUGACCAGUGAUAUCUGACUAUAGUUAGCUAGCUCGCUACUCGAAACUGUGAGCCAGUGCUACCUAUCCAUCUAGCCAACUAGCUAUAUCGGUUCCUUCAAACUGUUAACGCAAUUUUUUUGUGACAGUAACGUCGUUAGGUAGCGACGUUAGUUAGCAUACUACACAGUCUGGCACUGAGAGCUUGCUAGAAAAGUGUAGCUAUCAGAUUUUCCAGACUAGACAAGACGUUAGCUAGCAUAUGUUAUUUAAUAGCUCUUGAAUAGUGACAUGCAUGUACUUCAAUCUUUAGCUAACAAGUCAUAACGUCACAUUAAGCUCGGGGCACCUGCAUGACAGGUGUCUCCGGCCGGGCUCCGAAGAGGAGCUGAGCUGGCUAUUAAUUUCCCACCGUGUGGCAUUGAAAUCAAAAGAACCAGCCCCAUGACCACACAUUGGGUGUGAACGAGGGCGCAACAUCAGGACAGAAUGUCUCUCCUGCUGAUCGUCUUACUAGCACUUCUCCUGCUCCUGAUACUAUCUGUUCUACUCUUCAGAUGGUUCAUAUGCAGACUGGCGGUACGGUUCUUCCACAACACACUGAACGCUGAGCUGAAGAUCAAAUCAGUGGGGCUUUUUUCAGUGUGUGGAAUCAGUAUCCAGUUUCAGCCCCAGCACACACUGGAAAUAGACAGGAUAUGGAUUUCAAGCAAACUUUUAAACCAGAACCUGCCGAGGUGCCUGGCGUUGUGUGUGGGCGAGACCAGAGUGAGAGUGGAUCUGCAGCAGCCUCUAAGACCUCGGGCGCCUAAGAGCCGUGAUGGAGGAGAGUCAGGGAAGGUUCCCCUUAGCCCCGCAGCCCUGCGGUUCCUCUCCCAGUUGCUGUCCUUCCAUAUUGACUCCAUCAACGUGAUGGUGCUAAACCUAGCCCUGUCAGAGUCUCUAUGGCACAUGACCACCUCAAGUAUCGACCUACUGCUCGACCACCAGGGCAAAAGGUUGGCCUGGGACUUUUCUGUGGGGCAGCUAAGCAGUAAAGUGCUUAAAAGCAGUCGAUUACAGGAUACAUGUCUGGCGGAGGUGUCCCUGAGCCUGGUGCUGUCUGGGGAUGUCAGCCUGCCAGAGGUGCGUCCAGGUCGACUGGCCCUGUGUGUGAGAACACUGCUGGCUGAGCUGCACGAGGGCCUGUUUCUCAGUCAGCUACUGCUUCCACCAAUUCCUCUGGCGAGCAUUCUCUCUGCAGACGAAUGUGAAAAGGACGAGUAUAUCCAGACUGAAGCAGUGGACCAGUUUCAUCAGCUGGUGCCCCAGAAGGUCAACAUGGAGUUUGAGAAUACUAGUAUAACCCUGUCCAUGCACAGCCAGAAAAGACACUUGAACUGGACCCUAAAGUCUCUAAAGGUGGGAUACGGACGUGAGGACGAGCAGCUGCCCCUCAGGAGCUUCACCCCUGAGAUGAGCUUCCCUCAGAGCAGCCUGGAGCUACUUCUGGAGGAUGGGCUUCUCCUCUCCCAGAGCAGACAGAGAAUCCUUUGCCUUAACACCCUCAGGACUGUCCUGCAGGUGACAUCAGUGGACAUUUCAGGGUCAGUCACAGUCAACACCUGCAUCAUCCACUACCGUCACCAGGAGUUCUCCCAUUGGCUAGACCUGUUUCCAUGGAAACAGCUUAUUCAUAGGAAAGCAGCUCAUAGAAAGAGGAACUUCCCCCACCUGGACGCCCCAGUGAUGAUCGGCUCCUCGGUGUCCAAUGUCAACGUGUCUGUCCAGCUGGGAGACACUCCUCCCUUUGCCCUGGGCUUCAUCUCAGUCAGCACAGAGAUGCAGCACCUCCUGGACAUCAGCACAAACGCAGAGAGCCUCAAGUUCCAGAAUGUUCACCGCCGCCUCUCUCUGUCCCUGGACCACUUCUGGUGGAGGGUGGGCCAGGGCUCCCACAUCCAGCAGGCACCCCACCCCCCUGGCAAACACGUGUGGGGGGAAGCACUCAUCCUGGACUCCCUUACACUGCAGGUAACGCAGGCAUACAACAAGGGGAGCUUCAACAAGCCCCAGAGUGAGUCCAGUAGCCAUUCUGAGAGUGUGAGUGUGGAGUCCAGUCUGAAGGGCCUACAGCUGGAGGUGUCAGAGACCUGUGCCCUGUGCCUGUCCCGCCUACUGGCCCUCUGUAACCUGGACAACGGCAGGAAGCUGGAGGCCUCGGAGCAGCCAGAUGUGGUGCCUGUACCUGCCCUUGUUGAUGGGAUAACCUCCCCCAGUCAGGGUGCCUUUUAUUUUAAGAUUGAGUGUAACCUGGAGGAUGUCAAUGUGUUCACACUCUCCAAUGUAGCAGGAGCCGUGUCUUUGCGGGUGGACACAGUGAAGGCCCAAGGCUCGGCGGAAAGCUCCACAGUGUCUGUCCAGGGUGUGUGUCUGUCUGUAGUGAAGGCUCUCACAGAGACCAUGGAGCCCUGCUGUCCCUCAGCCCAAACCCCCAACCCUGUCCUCAGCCUCUCCACCCUGGCCAUCUGCUACCACGUCACCACCGGGAACGUGGAGGUCCAGUGUCAAGAGGAGCUGGCAGUGCAAUGGACGCCGUCAGACCACAUGUUUUUGUAUCACCACGCGACAGAGAGCCAGGGUUGCUGGGAUACUCUGUGUGACUCUCUAGGCCUGACAGAGAAAAGAGAGGACAAUAGUUUAGCAGAUUCAUCAGAGUGUGGAUCUACUAAGACUUCUCCAGCCCACAGUAGGGUCAAAGACCUGUCUGUGCGUGUAGAACUGGGCAGAACCCGCUUCACAGCCCAGGUGACGGAGCUCAACUACCUCCUGCUGCACACAGACGCCCUGUCCCUCUCCACACACUCCGGCUCCAUGAACGUCCGCUCGCCACACAUGUUUCUCAACUUCGACGGCAACGACAUAUUCUCCUUCAAGGACCUGGAAGUCCAGACGCACCCUGAUCAGGCCCUGGACCAACGCCACUUCUUCCCCUUCCUCUCCACCCGACACAACCGUGCCUGGGUGUUCACCUGCCCCUGCCUAGCUGUGGAGUUCCCCUACCAGUACAACUUCUCCAACACCUUUGACAAGUUCAUCAGCGUUCAGAAGUGGCUCAAGUCCCUGCACAGCAGCCCCAGCCAGACCGCAGACCCCCAGCGUCUGCCCCCAGACCUGGUCUUCAAGAUCAGCCAGUUCUCCUUCGUCUUCCUGGACGAUGUGUUUGAGAUCAAGCUGAGGGACAACUAUGAGCUGAUGAAGGACGAGAGCAAGGAGAGCUCCAAGAGGCUCCAGCUGCUGGACAAGAAGGUGGCUGACCUACGAAAGCAGCACGGAGAACUGUUGCCCGCCAGGAAGAUAGAAGAGCUAUAUACGUCUCUGGAGCGCAAACACAUAGAGAUCUACAUCCAGCGCUCCCGUCGCCUCUACUCCAACACGCCCAUGAGGAAGUCUCUGCUGACCUGGACGGUGUCCGACUUGGAGCUGGUGGCUCUGGCCGACCAGUCCCUCCACGGGCUGGAACGCGUCCGCGAGCAGCUGAGGGACAUCGACGGAGUCAGCCCCUUCCCCAGAGAUGGACUCCCCCUGGUGGUCCAGUGGUGCCGGGCAGUCAAGUUCAACCUCACUGCCUUCCUGGUGAGAAUCCGGGACUAUCCUCGUUACUUGUUUGAGAUCCGAGACUGGGAGCUGUCAGGCCGCCUGAUCGGGACAGAGCAGGACGGGCAGGGCCGGGCUCGCCGCAGGCAGACAGUGCCACUAGGCCAGCCAUGGGGAGAUGUAACUGUCUACAGGAACAUGCCACCACUCAAGUUCUACUGCGAUUUCAAAUCCAAUAUAUCCUUGUACACUAUAGUGUGGGGGCCUUGCUGGGACCCAGCCUGGACCCUGAUUGGCCAGGUGGUUGAUCUGCUGACUAAACCCACGGUUGACCCCUCCCCUCCUCUGGCCUGGUGGGACAAGAGUCGUCUGCUGGUACAUGGACGCUGGAUCAUGGACAUAGAACAGGCCAACCUCCAUCAGCUGGCCACGGAGGACCCCUAUAACACUACAGAGAACAUGCACUGGGAAUGGAUCAAAGUAAACUACGAGUGGAACCCUGGGCAGUUUGUCUUCAAAGGUGACAUGGAUGUCAACGUCAGGACAGCCUCCAAGUAUGACGACAUCUGUUUCCUGCACCUGCCAAAUCUGUGCAUGACCCUUGACCUCCAGUGGCUUUGUCAUGGCAACCCCCAUGACCAUCACGCUGUAAUGCUCUGCUGUGCAGAGAACGUAGCUGAUGUGACCUCAGGACAACCUCACGACUCCUUCAGAGCCUUCCGCUCAGAGAACCUCAACCUCUCCAUCACCAUGGACCUCAACCAACACUGUGGCACAGAGCCGUGCCAGCCCAGAAUCCUCCUGUACAGCAGUACCCUGCGCUGGAUGCAGAACUUCUGGGCCACCUGGACCAGCGUUUCCAGACCCAUCUGCAGAGGCAAGCUCUUCCACAGCCUCAGGCCCAUACGAAAGAAGCUGGGCCAGCACUACAAACAGAUGUCCUAUACAGCAGCCUUUCCUCAACUACAAGUGCAUUACUGGGCCUCUUUCGCUCAGCAGAGGGGCAUCCAGGUGGAGUGCAGCAAAGGCCACGUCUUCACCAGAGGGGCUCAGAGACUCAUCCCACAGGCGGGCACGGUGAUGAGGAGGCUGAUCUCAGAGUGGAACGUGACCCAGAUGGUGUCGGAGUUGUCCCUGAUGACGGUGCACCUCAUGGCCUCCACCUGGGAUGAGACGGCCGACCACCAGAUCAAUGCCCAGGUGAAGAAGACCCACCUGCUCGGCCUGUCCUCCCUCAGUUACCAGCGCCAGAGCAACCGCAUGGAGGAGGAGGUGAACCCAAAAGAUGAGGCGAAUGCCCCCUACACCCACAAGCUGUGCCUGGUUGACCUGCGAGCCUCCUGGACCACCACUAACAGGAACAUAGCGUUCGGUCUGUACGACGGCUACAAGAAGGCAGCCGUUCUCAAGAGGAACCUCUCCACAGAGGCUCUGAAGGGCCUGAGGAUAGACACUACACUGCAAGCUGCCAAGAAGCACAAGCGCUCUUUGUCCAACUACUCCGCCGGCCCCAGCACAGCCCCCUCCACCUCAACCAUGCCCAGCACCAGCCGCCCUGAGAAGAGCCAUCACGAAGGGACAUCCAUGCUGCAGAAGCUGAUUGAGGAGACUGAUAAGUUUGUGGUGUUCUCAGAGGAGGACUCUGGUGUGAGUGAUCAGCUGUGUGGCAUCGCUGCCUGCCAGACAGACGACGUCUACAACCGCAACUGGUUCAUCGAGCUGGUCAACUGUCAGAUGAUGCUGCGUGGCACAGAGACAGCUGGCUGCGUGCUGGUGUCUGCUGCCAAGGCCCAGCUGCUGCAGUGUGAGCACCACCCGGCCUGGUACAGCGACACCCUCAAGCAGAAGACAACCUGGACUUGUCUGCUGGAUGGCAUGCAGUACUUUGCCACCAUGGAGCCCAACCCCUCAGAACAGGAGGACUGGCAGCUGUGGCUUGAGGUGAAAAACAUUGAGGAGCACAGGCAGCGUCACCUGGACUCAGUGCUGGAGCUGAUGGAGAGUGGCCAGGCUGUUGGAGGCAUGGUCAGCACCACCACAGACUGGAACCAGCCGGCCCAGGUGAAUGACACCCAGCAGGUCCAGCGUAUCAUCUCUCGUUGCAGCUGUCGCAUGUACUACAUCGGCUACAGCCAUGACAUCGACCCUGAGCUGGCCACGCAGAUCAAACCCCCAGAGCUACGGCGCAACGAGAAGGAAGACCUUCUGAAAAAACAAGCUGGGGCUGUGGACACCUUCACCCUCAUUCACCAUGACCUGGAGAUCUCCACCAACCCUGUGCAGUAUGCUAUGAUCCUGGACAUCGUCAACAACCUACUGCUGCACGUUGAGCCCAAACGCAAGGAGCACAGUGAGAAGAAGCAGCGAGUGCGUUUCCAGCUGGAGAUCUCCAGUAACCCAGAGGAGCAGCGCAGCAGCAUUCUACACCUGCAGGAGGCCGUCAGGCAGCACGUGGCCCAGAUCAGACGCUUGGAGAAACAGAUCUACUCCAAUAUCAGGGCCCAGCCUGAGGAGCUGAGAGGAGAUGAGCUGUCAGAGAUCAACGUGAGGCUGCAGAACCAGCUCAACCAGGAGAAGACUGACAUGCAGAUGAAGAGUGAGGAGCUCAACAUCCUCAUCAGAUGUUUUAAAGACUUCCAGCUGCAGAGGGCCAAUAAGCUGGAGCUGCGUAAGCCCCCGGAGGACGUGAGUGUGGUUCGCAGGACAGAGAUCUGCUUUGCCCAGGCCCGCUGGUGUCUCACUGAGGAGGAUGGACAGCUGGGCAUCGCUGAGCUGGAGCUGCAGAGGUUCAUGUACAGCAAGCUGAACAAGUCAGACGACACAGCAGAGCAUCUCCUGGAACUGGGCUGGUUCACCAUGAACAACCUGCUCCCCAACGCUGCAUACAAGGUGGUGUUGCGUCCUCAGAGCCCGUGUCAGUCCGGCCGGCAGUUUGGCCUGCGCAUCUUCAGUAAGGUCCGCCCCCCAGUGGGAGGCAUCUCAGUCAAGGAGCACUUUGAGGUGAACGUGGUUCCUCUCACCAUCCAGCUCAUGUACCAGUUCUUCAAAAGGAUGAUGGGAUUCUUCUUCCCAGGAAGGAACGUGGAGGAGGAGGAAGUUGCUGAUGAGGAGGACAAGUCCCGAAUGGUCACUACUGGCAUGCCUGUCAUCAAGCCUCGGCAGCUCUCGGAGGACACCAUGGGGGUCAUGGGCCCCAGCAAAGGCGUCACCCAGGGCUUGAACCGCACCUCUGGGGUCAGGAGGUCCUUCCGUAAGGCUGUUGAGCAUCCUGUAGAUGACAUUGACAAGAUGAAGGAGAGAGCAGCCAUGAAUAACUCCUUCAUCUACAUCAAGAUCCCCCAGGUUCCCCUGUGUGUCAGCUAUAAGGGAGAGAAAAGCAGUGUUGACUGGAAGGAUCUGAACCUUGUUCUGCCUUGUCUGGAGUACCACAACAACACGUGGACCUGGCUGGACUUUGCCAUGGCUGUGAAGAGGGACAGCAGGAAAGCACUGGUAGCACAGAUGAUAAAGGAGAAGCUGCGUCUGAAGCCGGCGUCGGGCUCGGACUCUCGGGGCAAGGUGUUUGAGGGGAAGUCCGACAGUAGCAUGCAGCAGCAGGAGGAGGAUGAGAAGGCCCGACUCCUCAUCGGUCUCAGCAGCUCAGACAAGAGCUCCAGCAAGAAGAGCAUCUUCAGCCGACGCAAGUGACCCAUAGGCCUACCUACACUCACGCUGAACCAGUACUGUACUGGACCACUGCGCUCUAGUCUAUGGUAGUGUCCCAAAUGGCACCCUAUACCCUACAUAGUGAACUACUUUCGACCAGGGCCCUAUGGUUCCUGGUCAGAAGUAGUGCACUGUAUAGGGUGCCAUUUUGGGAUGCAGGCUAUGGCAGCUACAGUAGCACAAUGUAUUUUCUAGUGUAUUGUCUGAUGACACUUGACCUGGUCAAAUACUGUAUGCUCUGGUGUGGAGAUGGAGGUAGCAGGUCAUUAUGGGGAACAGAGACUGAUAAUAAAACAGUGCCAAGGA